CCCAAGGCCCCACAAAAAACCAAGAUAAAAUCAAUUUUUUUUUUCAAUUCCUUUUCUUAAGUCUUCACUCUUCACCAUCCUCUUUUUCUAUAAUUUCUGUAAGCUGCGAAUCAGAAAAGCUAACGCCAUGGUGUUGUACAUGAGGCAAACACCCAUGUUCUUGGUGAGCUUCAUAAUCUGGUGGUCAUGGUGGGGCGGCGGCGUGGCGGCGGAGCCGCAGACGAACCUAGUGACGAUGGGGUGCAGCAUAAUCAACGUCACCGGCGUCACCGUCUUCCGCCAGAACCUAAACGCAACUUAUCAAAAUCUGAGAGCUCAGAUUGGGAACCAAAGCAGUAAUCACCACUUCGCCACGGGACAGGAGUUGAAGGGGAGCAGCCCUGCCUUUGCCCUGUUUCAGUGCAGAAACUACCUCGCGGUCAACGACUGCCUUGCUUGCUUUGACCUCGCCGUCAUUCAGUUGCGCAGGAACUGCUCCGCCGUCUCCAACGGAGCCCACGUCAUAUUUGAUGGCUGCUUUUUAAGAUACGAGAGCACUACCUUUUUUGACCAGAAUACAUACCCCGCAAACAAUGUUGUAUGUGGGAAUGAAGUAAAGAACUCCACUCAACUUGCUUCUACCGUUCAACAAGUGCUAACAAAUCUGGACAUAGUAACACCGAGAAUCACUGGUUUCUUUGCGGCCACCAAGACGCCAGUUCCUAACGACAGCCGCCACAACACAUCUUCAAACAUUUAUGCCUUUGCUCAAUGUGUUGAGACUCUCUCUCAAACAGGCUGCCAAGAUUGCUUGAAAAUUGCCUUAAGAAAUUUUCAGCUCUGUCUUCCAAACUCAAAUGCAAAGACCUUUGACUUUGGCUGCUUCAUGAGAUAUUCCACCACUCCCUUCUUUGCUGAUAAUCAAACUAUUGAUGUCUACCAAUUUUUGCAACAAGGACAUUCAAACAAGAAGAAGGCCAUUAUUGGUGGAGUUGUUGGAGGUGCAUCAUUUAUUUUGAUUCUCCUUGCAAUAUUUUCUUUGUAUAGGCAACGAUCGAACUCAUCCAAAAGAGUUCAUAGAGGUGAUAUUUUGGCAGCAACUGAGUUAAAAGGUCCAAUUAACUAUAGAUAUGGAGAUCUAAAGGCAGCGACAAAAAGUUUUAGUCAAGAAAAUAAACUAGGAGAAAGAGACUCUUGUGAUGUGUACAAGCCUUUUCUGCCCAAGACACUACAAGUAGUAGCGUUUCUGGUGUAAAAGAUGGUGUUUCUCCCCAACACACCAAUACUAAAACAGCCCUUCUACCAUCUUUAGUGCAUAACAUAUAUACGAGAUGACAUCAAUAGAGGAACAUGAGAUAAUUGAAGGUUAAAAAUGAAAGUACACAUUAUAUUGAUAUGUAUAUACACAAUAAACAGUAUGCACACGAUAAUCAAUCCUAAUUGUAAAUGAUGUUCUAUUUUAUGUAUUACAUUAAUGGAUAAAAACAACUAAAUUUUAUGUUGCAUAUUCUUAAAUAUGUAUGUGUUUAUAAAACUAUAUGAUUCGUUGUGUAGUUGGUGAUCAAUGUAAAGGAGCAAUUGAUAAUUAAGACAAUUAAAUAAUAAAAGUCAAAUGAAUAAGAUCAUCUUGAGAUCUUUGAACAUAUUCGAGGACUACCCAUGAAUGGGGAUAUCACACUGCUUAUUUUGCAAGAAAUAUUAAUCAAAUGAUUUUGAAUCUCCUAAAAUAUUUUCUGAAUAUAAAGAUACAUUUAGAUGCUCAAGAAUAUGAGAGAUAGUAUACAGGGUAUCAAAAUUCGUGUAGACUCAGAAUAAUAUCCUCCUAGAUAGGUAAUAAUUGUUUCGUAAAUAUAAGAGGUAAGCAUUCAAGUAAUUUAUUUUAAGAAAAAAAACAAAAAAUGAACUUUUUAUUUUGAAUAGCUCAUCGAUGAAUGUAUUCCUAAAUGACAAUGAAAAUGUUGUGAACUAAAUUCAAAUUUACAUGUAAGUCUAGAAAAGAUGCUGUUAACAUUACAUGAAAACGGUACAAUUGUGCAGGUACAUUCUAGCAAUUUCUGAUAUUACAUCUCCAAAACUUUGGUUGAUCCGUUGAAGUUGUAGCCCUUUAAGUUAGUUUAAGUAUCGUACAAUAUCAUUAAAGCUAGUUCAAAUGGAUGUACUACAUUUAAUCCUAAAUCGAUAUAUGAUUGCAUUGGUGUGCAUUUAUGUAUUUUAUAUUUACCCAGAAAAAAAUUAAAGAAAAAGUUGCUUAAAAUAAUUUAAUUAAUGUUUCAUCAAUAUGAUAUUUAAAAAGUAUGUUGAAUAAAAUUUAUUAACAUGAAUUAAGUGCAAGUUAUGAUUUUAUAAAACGGCGCAGCUAGGGUCUGCGGAACUUGGGGUCGGCGACCUAAUCGCUCAACGAUCGACGUAGCUUCUAGUUUAGACCAAUUUGCCUCUUCUUCCUACAGCGAACAAGCAAGGCGCUGAACUUUACAGGGUUGAGGAUUGUAGCCUGGUUCGUUUGAUACAGGUUUCGUGAAGGAAGCCAAUCCAAUAUGGGCGACGUUAAUGAGAUGGGGGAGAUAAAUAGGCUAGUAAGUAGUAAAUGCAUAUGGAAGAAUGGAGAUGGAGGAGGAAGAUGAAGCCAUACUCGUGGCAGCUAAAACAUCAAAGAUCGUGGAGGUAGGGCCGACCUUGGUUGGAACAGUCACUUCUGAAAAGUCGGUACAUUUUUCUUUUUUCCGUGACACUAUGGCCAAUGUGCGGAAGCCUACUAGAUGUGUUACUAUUACUGAGAUAGGUGCAUGGAGAUACAUGUUUCAAUUUUAUAAUGAAAAUGAUAUGAUACGUGGGUUAGAGGAAGGGCAGUGGACUUUCGACCAGAAUCUAAUUGUGCUUGCUAGGUUAAAGCAAUGUGAUCUGUUUUGCAGAUUCCGUUGAAUAAGGUUGACUUCUGGUUACAAGUUCAUGGCGUACCAAUGGGAUUUUUUCCAGUUGAAAAUGCUAUAAAAAUUGGGAAUUUUGUAGGGAGUUUUAUCAAGGUGGAUGAACAGAAUUUCUCUGUGGAAUGGAACCCCUAUAUGAGAGUAAGGGUUAGUAUUGACCUGAACAGGCCGCUGAAAAGGAAACUGUUUCUCCAAUCAGACAAAGGGGAAAGUUUUUGCGUUAAAUUUAGAUAUGAAAAACUGCCUAGUUUUUGUUUUGCCUGCGGAGUUAUAGGCCAUGCAGAAAGGUUCUGUCCGUAUUACCCUGAUGGCAAGGGCAAGAGUGGAGGCUUUCGCUUUGGACCCGAACUAAGAGCUUCAAAAGGAAACACAUCUGGGGGGGGGGGGGGGGUAACAAAUGGCUAGUUCCAGUUGGGAAAGGAAAAUGAAAAGACGAAGAAGAGGUAUUAGGGAUCACUAGUUCGGAUGCAGAUGGUAGACUGCAACAGGAAAAGGACCAUGUUCAGUCAGGAGAUAAGGUGGAGCAGAAGCGCAGACGUGUGGACCAUGAGGAACAUAAAGCAACACAUAAGAAUAUGGACGUGGAGACGAGCAUAACAAAAAACGGGGAGGGGCGAGCUACAAUGCCCGUCUGUCAGGCAAAUAGAAGAUGAGCUGGGGAAGGCACAAGGGAUGGAAGUUUACAGCAUCCAUCACCUGGAAAGUUAUUUUUGUUGCACUUUUUUCUAUUUCAGAACUCAGUUGUCUGUUGGUUUUUUAUUUUCACUUACAAUAAGGGUGUGGGUAUGGUAGGUUGUUUUUUUCUGAGCAGACUUUUUCUUGAUGGAGGCAAUCAAGCUGUCACAGCCGUUAAUAGCUUCUUUGCUCUCACCGUUUCAGCGAUUAGUCUCGCUCUUAUUGGGAUGGUCUAUUCUAUGUCAGAGCAUGAUGUGAGGGGGCCGAUGGGCUUUUGGUAUUGUGGGUAUAGUGGGAGUACUUGGUUUUGGAUCUCGAUUGAUGUAAUGACUCUUUUGGUUCUAAUAUAAGUUCUUUCCUU